UGAAUAGUGCAUGACGAAGGUUCAUAAAAAAAACAUAAGCAUCGCACACCAAAGCGUUCGCCUUUCUUUAAUCUUUCUUGAGAUCAUUGGUUUGGCAUUACACCUUCAUUGGAUCAUCGUUUUGACGUUGGAGUCCAUCCAGAUCUCAGCAGGUCAGCAGCGGCUGUGCUCAUCGAGCGCGGGAUGGCGUCCGAACUAGCCAGGCUUGCACUGGUCUCGGCCGCCGUGGCCGCGGCCAUGACCUACGCGCGCCUCGCCGCCUCGCGCUUGGGCCCCGGCCUCCCCCGCCUCGCGGCGCUCCUCCCGGUGCUCCUCCUCCUCCCCGUGCUCCCCUUCACCUUCUCCUCCAUCCACCUCCGCACCAUCUCCGCCUUCUUCCUCGUCUGGCUCUGCGGCUUCAAGCUGCUCCUCCUCGCCGCCGGCCACGGCCCGCUCCACCCGGCCCUCCCAGCCGUGCGCUUCGCCGCCUGCGCCGCGCUCCCCAUCAAUGUCCGGAACGGAGCGCAGACCUCGCCGCGGUCCCUCUCUGCCGGGUUCCUGCUCUCCUACGCGGCCAAGGCGGCCCUCUUCGCCGCGCUCGUCUCGCUCCGUGGCCUCCGGGCGAGGAUGCCGGCGUACGCCGUGGUCGCGUUCGACGGCGCGCACGUGUACCUGAUGCUGGAGCUCUUCCUGGCGUCCGCCGCGGCGUUCGCCCGGACGCUCCUCGGCGCGGAGCUGGAGCCGCAGUUCGACCGGCCGUACCUGGCCUCGUCGCUCCGCGACUUCUGGGGCCGCCGGUGGAACCUCAUGGUCCCCGGGGCGCUCCGGCCGAGCGUGUACCGCCCCGUGCGCGCCCGCCUCGGCUACUCCGCCGGCGUGCUCGCCACGUUCCUCGUGUCAGGCCUCAUGCACGAGGUGAUGUUCUACUACAUCACGCUCGAGGCCGGCACGGGGGAGGUGACCGCGUUCUUCGUCCUCCACGGCGCGUGCGUGGUGGCCGAGCGGCGGUGGGUGCGGCGGGGCGGAACAUGGCGGCCGCCGCGCGCGGCGGCGACGGCGGCCACGCUGGCGUUCGUGACGGGGACCGCGUCCUGGCUCUUCUUCGCGCCCGUGAUACGGAGCGGGCUGGACAAGGCCAUCGUCGCCGAGUGCGAGGGGAUGCUGGCCUUGCUGGAGGCGGCUGUGCGGAGGCUGGCGGCACGCCUGGUUUGGACCUGAUGGUGUACCUCACGAGGAACAUGGCGGCAGCCGGCAGGCUGUACUUUGAGUUUGGCAGUUCCGCCAUGGCGAUUCCGAUCGAGUUUGGUUUCAGCCAAGGGAACAAUCACGUCGUGGUCCGUAAAUCACGAUCGAUUUCGGCGCAUUUCCAUUCCACAGAUGGCCAGAUUAGAAUCUCAUCUCGCGGCAGUACGCGAAUGCAUUUUGGUCAUGGGAUUGUCAUGUACUAGUGGUUGCUGUGGUGUACACUAUACACCGCACAAACGGGAGCAUCACAGGGCAAGAAAACAAGUUUCGUGA